GGGAAAAUGAUAAUCUAAAAGCAAAGGAAGAAAGGAAUGUACACAAGUAACAGUAGUCACGAGAGAUAAGCAAGUAAAACCCUGAACCCCAGAUGUAUUUAUGGCACUUAAAAAAAUGUAGUUGAAAAAAAUAGAACUGAACGUGUUGAAAACUUGGAAACUUAAAAAUAUUGUUUUGUGCUCGAAUGGGCUAUCUGUCUUCAAGGUCAGGAGUGUGAUUUGCAUCCUCAUAAAACUAUACUUCACGGACGAGCCAGUCAAAAUCGCGAAUGUGAAAUUCAAUUUUAACUGAAAAUGACCUCGUUUGAUGCCGAAAAAUCUGUAACUGAUCCGAAUAUCGAGAUACAAUGGGCUGAACAUUGUUUCCGUGAUGCAGAAGAUUAUUUUCGCUUACUUUGUUCAGUCUCUGACCCCUCACAAUUAAGACUGACUGCCAUAGAUGAUUUCAUAUACGACAAAUUUAUGGGAGAGUUUAGUGAUAUACAAUUAGACGUUAUUUCUGAAGAUUCUUUGAAAUCGGAGCAAUCAAAAGCAAAAUGGCGACCAUUUUGCAAUGAGUUUGAAAGGAAAAUUGAAGAUUUCAACUUCGGUACUUUAUUGAGACUUGAUGCCUCAAAAGGAUACUGUCCAGAAAACACCUGCAUCGUUCCUAGAAUACAGUUCCUUGCCUUAGAAAUCGCACGUAACCGCCUUGGGAUCAAUAACACUGAGAAGCUCAGACAAAUACAGGGAUAAAUUUGUACAUAUCUUGUAUAUUUUUUCCAUAAAACUUUGUAAUUGGCCUUGUUUAAAGACUUUAUUGGGAUUUUAAAGAUGAUGAAUCGAAG